AAUGUGGAACGUCGUGAUGAACUGAAUCGUGAACGAAGUAAAUUUGUAGACACUUUCGAAGCGGUAUUCUUUGACGAUAGAGAGGGAGCGUGGUUCGAUUUGAACAUUCGAACGGGGGAUCGAGACGAUGACGCGUAUCCCUCGUUGGCGGUACCAUUAUUCACAGAAUGCUAUAGCACGUUGAACAAUCAUAUGAUGGUGGAUGUACUGGAAACGCUGCAACGCAAGGGUUUAUUACAGUUUCCUGGUGGAGUGCCUACAAGGUGA